GGGGGUUACUCUAACGGUUGUUCAUUUGUGGAAAACACCCUUUCAGUUUUUCCGCAGUGGUUACAUUGGCACAAGUCGACCUUUCUAGUUGCCUAUGAUGACCAAGAGUUCUGAUGGCAGGAAGUAGAGUAGACAUCAAAGUGGUUCUCUUGGGGAAGGCAUACGCAGGAAAGACAAGUCUUGUUGAGCGCUACAUCCAUGACCGAUUCAGUGGCGAUGUGGUGCCAUACCAGAAUGUAAUGACAAUCGGGGCAGCUUUUGGUGCAAAGAAGAUUGAUGUUGAUGGACAGUCCCUUGUGAUGGGAAUAUGGGACACAGCAGGAAGUGAAAGGUACGAAGCUAUGAGCAGAAUCUACUACCGUGGUGCUAGGGCAGCCAUCUUGUGUUUUGACAUGACAGACAAGUCCAGCUUUGACCGCUCUCGAUUCUGGAUAGGAGAACUCAGGACACAUGAGGAGAGCUGCAAGAUCUACCUGUGUGGUACGAAGAAGGACUUAGUGACCAUUGAUCCAGAGGCCAGGCGGGUAAACCAGAGAGCAGCGAAGGCAUUGGCUGAUGAUUGCAUGUCUGAUAUAUACGAGACAUCCAGCAAGACUGGAGAAAACAUCAAAGAGUUGUUUGAACAGAUAGCCAAAGAGUACCUGGCAUCCGUCAAACCAGAAACACCAGAGAAAGUAAAAGAUUCUUUUGUAUUACGCGAAUUCCGCAAGUCCGGAUGUAUUUGUAAAGGCAGCUGACCUAUCCCAUGAUGCCAUGAUGCUGACGUGAAGGACGCUGUCAUGCACGAAGGUCAAGUUCAACACAGUUGCCAUGGGGAUGGCAGUCUUGACUGACAAGGGGACGAGGCAGGAGAAGGAAGGACCAUUCAUUCUGGAUAUUUCUCCAGAAAUCAUUUUACAAUUUAAUCGAUAUCUGAUAUUGCCAAAUCUCUGCUUGCUUGCAGCCCUCUUUAAUGACUUGAAUGGUACAUUGGUACCUUCAUUACCCCAGUUUUGUGAAAAUGGGAUUUUUAAAAGCUCAUUUGUUGUGUUCGUGUGACAAGGAACUGUUGUCAUUUGAAAUACACAGCAGGAUACUAAAGCAUAUUUCAGGUCUUGUGCUCAGUUGGGUCGGUGUCUGCCUGCCUGCCUGUCUGCAUGUAGGGUGGCUUAGUGGAUAAAGUGCUGGUCACAUUCAAUACCCAGGUUCAAAUAUAAACAUGAAAGGAAGUCUAAUAUUUUUGCAGUUUGCAAUAUUUAUUAUUUUUUAUAUGAAACUCAAUUUAAACCAAUAUUCAAUAAAAUCAUAAAGUUGAUGCAUGCAGACAGGCAGACAAAUUUCUAUUUCCUAAGAGGAUCAGGCAAACCACUUUCCUAAGAGGAUCAGGCAAACCAAUAUGAUUCUUAUAUUUUUCAGGGUCAAUUUGAAGUUAAUUUCCUAUCUAUCAGUUUUGCAAACUGACAUGCAAACGAUAACGAAAAACUUGAUAUAUUUUUUUAUGUUUUCAUUUAAUAAGCAAAAACAAAUUGCUCUUUCCUGACCUUGAACCUAAAAAUAUUUUGAGAUUUAUGUUAUAACCUUAUUAUAGUCCGUAAAAUUAUUCCAUGUUGAAUAUGCUGAAAGCAUUAAAUGAUAUUAUUCCUGCAACCCAUGCUUGUUGUAAGAGGUGACCAAUAAAUCGUGAGGUGAGACUCGCUUCCUUGGUUAAUGCAUGUCAACAAAUCCCAGUUGUGUCAAUGUUCAUAAUGUCUAUCACUGGGUAGUCUGGUCCAGACUCAGUUAUUUACAGAUGACAUUUAUAUAGCUGGAAUAUUGCAGUGUAUAGCACUAAACAACAAACAAACAAACAAAUAGUACAAUGCAUGCAGGGGUUGAAA